UCUCCUUCUUAAGUCAUUUGAAAGAUUGUCCCUGCUAGUUUUCUAAGUUUACUGCAAUCUCUGCACGGGGGGAGGGAGACAGCGGGAGAGACAGAUAUUACAAACAUCAGAGCAGGUAGUGUUUAGGGCAAGACGCCUUCCAGCUUCAACAACUGGAUUGGUCCUGUGAUGCCUGUAGCUGUGGCCAGUGGAAUAAGCCCAUAUGCUCAGUGAAAGCAGUGAAAGGUAACAAGUGACAAGACAAGAGGAAAUGGCCUCAAGUUGUUCCAGGGAAAAAAACUCUUCACAGAAAAGGUGGUCAAGAACUGAAACAGGCUGCCCACAGGAGUGAUGGAGUCACCAUCCCUGGAGGAAUUUGGACCACAGAGAAGAAAACUGAGUAUGAUGAAGAAUGAAGAAACAAGUUUUAAUGUGGACAAUAGCAGAGCCUCUCCCUUCCCACUCUGCCUGCAGCCGCUCAGCCCCAUUACAAAGCCACACAGAACAACUCAAUUUGAUGAAGAAUUCAGAACACACCUCUCACAUUUCUGCUAUGGUCCUCCUCCUCUUGAAAACAUGGAAACAUUCCAGGGGUCCUUGGAAGGAGGGUCUCGUAAACGCAAGAGCAUGCCAACAAAAAUGCCUCCUCCCAUCCCCCUUGAGGAUUCCUCAUCAUCACCAGAUCGACCUGAGGAUCACAACGACAUGGGCACUUCCAGUCUCCCCCUGGUGUUCCAACAGCCAGCGCAGCCCAAGUACAGUUCCCAGAUGAUUGACCUCUGCAACUUUGGUUUUCAAUUCUACAGAACUCUGGAGCAUUUUGGAGCCAAGCCCAUUAAGCAAGAACCAGUGAAGCCGAACAUGGCAUGGCCCAGUAGCCCAACAUUCAUGCAGGCUCCUUACCCUUAUUAUCCUAAAGUCCACCCUGGCUUAAUGUUUCCUUUCAUUGUACCACCAAACUUCCAUUUCAGGAGCCCUUUUCAAAUGAAAAGAUCUCCAGAACCACCCUUCAGGAGGGCUGAAGUAAGAGAAAGUGGUGAAAACAAACAGAAAGUGGAAAGAGUAGAUGUCAACCUUCAGAUAGAUGACAGCUACUAUGUUGAUGUGGGGGGUGAGCAGAAACGCUGGCAAUGUCCCAUGUGUGAGAAGUCCUAUACAUCCAAGUACAAUUUGGUCACCCAUAUCUUGGGUCACAGUGGCAUCAAGCCACAUGCUUGCACCCGGUGUGGCAAGCUUUUCAAGCAGCUGAGUCACUUGCACACGCAUAUGUUGACACACCAGGGCACUCGGCCACAUAAGUGCCACGUAUGCCACAAGGCUUUCACUCAAACCAGUCACCUUAAGAGACACAUGAUGCAACACAGUGACAUCAAACCUUACAACUGCAGGAUCUGUGGCAGGGGUUUUGCCUACCCCAGUGAGCUGAAAGCACAUGAGUCUAAGCAUGAGAGUGGACGAGAGAACAUUUGUGUGGAGUGUGGUCUGGACUUUCCAACUCUGGCGCAGCUGAAGAGACACCUAACCACCCACCGUGGCCCCAUACAGUACAAUUGCACUGAGUGUGAUAAGACCUUCCAGUACCCAAGUCAGCUGCAAAACCACAUGAUGAAGCACAAAGACAUCCGCCCAUACAUCUGCACUGAAUGUGGCAUGGAGUUUGUGCAGCCCCACCACCUGAAGCAGCACUCCCUGACUCACAAGGGUGUGAAAGAGCACAAAUGUGGAAUUUGUGGACGGGAAUUUACUCUGCUGGCCAACAUGAAGAGACAUGUCCUGAUCCACACCAAUAUCAGAGCCUAUCAAUGCCAUUUGUGUUUCAAGAGCUUUGUGCAAAAGCAGACUCUGAAGGCCCACAUGAUUGUUCACUCUGAUGUCAAACCCUUUAAAUGCAAGCUGUGUGGAAAGGAGUUUAACAGAAUGCACAAUUUAAUGGGACACAUGCACUUGCACUCAGAUAGUAAGCCAUUUAAGUGCCUCUACUGUCCCAGCAAAUUCACCUUGAAGGGGAACCUAACCAGGCAUAUGAAAGUCAAGCAUGGGGUCAUGGAAAGAGGAUUUCACUCUCAAGGUUUUGGAAGAGGAAGGAUUGCUCUGUCCCAGACAAAUGUCUUGAGAAGCUUGGAACAGGAAGAGCCAUUUGAUCUUUCCCAGAAAAGCCAAGGGAAGGGAAUCUCAUUUCAUUCUGAUGGUGAGAGUGCCAAGGGAAGCUCAUGCCAGGAAGAAGAGGAAGACAGCUGCUAUGAGGCAAAGCAAUACAGCCCUGCCCCGUACCAUCAUGAUGACAGCAAGCUGUACGUGGCUCAAGACCUCUCUGGCAAAUCUGAGUGCAUGAUGAAGGACUUCAGAGAGUCCUACUGCAAUGAGAAGGAAGAGGUGUUAAGUGAGGGAGGACUGGGGAAGAGAAUAGGAAAUUCAGACAAAGAGGAGAGAUGUGGAGAGGGAGAGCUUGCAAACAACAAAGAACAUCUCAGCUUUAGAUCCUUUGAAAAGGCCAGACUUGGUCACUCUCUCUCUGAUUACUUGUAUUUCAAGCACAGGAACAAGAGUUUGAAAGAAUUGCUGGAAAGAAAAAUGGAAAAACAAACAAUGCUUAUAGGCAUUUAAAAUGGACAUUUUGAAACAGCUGGAAAAUGGUAACCAGAUAGAUUUUAACAUGAAUUGUAAGCUACUAAAGCCUGGAAGUCUGUAGUAGUAUUUAGAAAUAAAUAAGUCAAAUUAUUAAAAAUAAUUUAGGGUAAAAAAAUAAUAUAGGGUAACUGCAAGAAUAAAGCAGCUUGAGGUCACCAAGAAAGGCAAUAGAUAUUGAAAAAUAACACUUUUAUAUUUAUCCAUUUAAUGUAUAACAGACAAUGGGUUGGGUACAGAAGUUUACUUCCUAUAAUAUGGGGAUAGAUACUUACAUUCAAUUUUCUACUUAGCAGAAAGCAACAUACUUUAGCAUCUGAUUUAUUAUCUGACUAAAUGUAUAUGAACACUUCUAACCAUAUGCCUCAAAAAUAUCUGAAAAUACAAAGUAUUUUACAUUAUAAACCAGAGUACUAUUAAACAUGGCAUGCAUGAAAAUGCUGUCAACAUUCAGAACUAACACAGUCCAAAUAAUUUGAUUUACUUAAGUGACUCUUAGUGCAACCACUUACAAUGAGAAAUGUGAAACAAAAUAAUAAGAAAAACUAAAGUCUUGGGAGACAGUAAAGGACAGUUCUGUAAGGCUUUGAAGGGACUGGAAUUUAUUACAAAAGCUAGUUCUCUGGCACAAGGAAUGUUAGUACUUUGCUGUGUUUCAGCCAGUACAGGAGUGUUCAGAAAUUCUUGAAGUGAAAUAGCAUAGAUUGUGUUGGCAUUUUGUUCUACUGCCUGCCUAGACCAAUACAUGUACUGGGCAGCAUCAGCAUGCAGCAUUCACAGUCUUGCCAUAGUUACACAUAACACAGUAUGAGUCAUUUAAUUGAAAAAAUAAUGCAGCUUUGCCAUUUAUCUCUUCAGUUUAUCAUGACUAGUAAGGAUAAUUUUGGAAUACACUGAUCUGGUCAAUUUUUGUUUCAGAAGGUAAAAAUCACCCUUAUAGAACAAGCAGUACCUCACAGAGAAAAACCUUCCUCUUAUUAAAGUCAGAAAAUUUCUCUUAUUAAGCAUUUCUUGAGCAGUAAGCUGCAGGACUUUCAGACAAAUUUCACCCAUGCUGUUUUUAUGGAGUCAUACUCAGCUUUUCAUUCUCUGAUUCCCAUAAGUUUAUAACAAAAAUGGGAAAAGCAUAUUCCAUUAAACUUUUCAUUAAUUGCAUGAAUACUUUGAACAGCAUAUUAGUUCCUGUAUCUUCAAGAAAGAUGAAAAGCAGCCCUGCAUCAUCCUAUUCUUACAUGGAAAUAAAAAUCUAAUUAAUCAUAAAA